AUCACUUCCUUAGAUACAAGUCAACUGUGUUCCAGGACAGAGCUGAUAUAAAUAUAUCAAAGGGGGAAAAACAAACAAAAAAUGGGAACAUCAAACUCACAACCAGAGCAACAACCAAAUCCAGAACUGGAUAAACCAUGGAGGAAAUUUGACUGGGGACAGAAAGAAGCUCUGAAAAAGAAGCUGCAAAACUUCUCUCCGAGUGAUCCAAAUGUAAAGGACAUCAAGAUCCUGGUAGCUGGACAAAUUGGAGCAGGAAAGUCCAGCUUUAUUAACUCCAUCGAAAGUGUCUUUCAAGGACGGAUCUGCUCUAGAGCGCUAGUUAAUUCAUCUGCUGUUGGUCAUAGUUUCACACAAAAACUCAAAGGAUUCACCAUCAGAAGUGGGGAAAAAACUUUGCCCUUCGUCUUCAAGGAUAUAAUGGGCUUAGAAGCUGAAGCGUUGGCUGGGUCACAACCAGAUGACAUCAUCAAUGCUGUGUUUGGCCAUGUGAAGGAUGGCUAUAAAUUCAACCAGGGGCAGGCACUCACUCAUAAGGAUCAACAUUACAACUGUGACCCUACCCUCUUUGAUCAGGCUUUCUGCCUGGUUUACGUCAUAGAUGGAAAUACAGUCCAAUUCACAGAUGAUAAACUUACUGACAAGUUGAAGAUCAUCCGCCAGAGAAUCAGUGAUAAGGGGAUUCCUCAAGUGGUUGUCAUGACCAAAGUGGAUGAAGCAUGUCUGCUGGUCAAAGAUGAUCUAAAUAAGAUCUACAGUAGCAAGAAGAUCAAAGAUAAGAUGGAGAUGUGCAGCACCAAUACAGGUGUGCCAAUGUCAAACAUCUUUCCAGUGAAGAACUACCAUGAUGAGAUUGACACAGAGGAUGACAUUGAUGUUCUGAUACUGAAGGCACUUGAUCAGAUUGUUCAGAUUGCUGAUGAUAGAUUGUUGGACUGUGAAAACUACUGACAAAAUCACACAUAUACAGUUAUUAAUGCAUAUAAAUCACAUCACAAAAUCACAUAUGAUGCAUUUGGAGUGGGUCAUUCUUUGAAUUUCUUUAUCAGAGGAAAAUCUAUUUUUGUUAUUUUAUUUUUUUUUCAAAUGGAAGUCUUAACAAGAUGCGUUUAUAUUUUACAUUUGACAGAGGAAAUUAUUCAGUGUAAUUUACAUUGCUAAUUUCAAAUGUCAAAUGUACAUUACAUUUCAAAUGUUUAUUGUUUUAUUGGUUCAUCAAACUCAACACAUUUUGGCUGUGAGCGCAGAACAAUUCCUUUAUUUUGCCAAAAUAAAAUAAAUGCCUUCUCUACCACAAAAGAAAAAUUAAA